AUGUCGUCGCAAGAACUGACGAGCGAGAUCGCGAACUAUGCAGCGAUCGCAUUUUCGGGUCUCGGAAUCCAAAUGUUCCUUCUGGCGGGCAUCAUGGCCGUCGCUUUCAGGUCUCGUGCCAAGACGGGUCACCAGGCGAGGCUUGCGAUGCUCUGGACCUCGCGAAUGGCCAUGUGCCUCGCGAUGGCGGUCGUGCCCGCGAGUCAGGCUCUCAGGUUGUCGGGGCUCUGGGCAGGCUCCGGGCCAAUCCUUGUCAAGGUUCUACCGGACCCACAGCGCCGGCUCUGGUGCCGCAUAUCAUUCGCGAUCGAAACGGGCCUUGGAGAACCACUGGGUCUGUUGAUCGCGCUGUUCAUGCUGAGCAACGCGGCCCCGCGGGUGCGCGGGGUGGACAAGCCUCCGCUGUUUUCCAUUCGCGGCCCGAACAUGGCGGUGCUGCUUCCGGCGAUCCUCCUGACGUUUCCAAUACUCACACUUCAGUGCUUGGUGCUGUGGGUGUCCCCCGCGAUCGAGAGCGAGUGGCGCGAAGACGAAACGGCCGUGUACUACCUCCUGGCGGUCACAGGGUUUCAGGGAGCCUGCGAACCAGACCCCGACCACCCCACGAGUUGCAACUACUGCCGCAUGCCCGCGGCGGCGCUGGUCGUGCCCACCGUGUACCUCGUGACGUUCGGCAUCGUGCUGUGGACGCGCAUGAAGGCCGUUCGCAGCUCCGCGGUCAGUCGGUCCAUCUCCACCAGGGCCGCAGUGCUGUCCUGGGCAGCCCCUGCCCUCAUUCUUGUGCUGUGUGCGAGUCGCGUCGUGUACUCCGUCCUCCCAGAAUUCGUGGGGAGGGAGGUCACGUCAUCGAUCCUCAACGCCGCGUGCCUGCUACUCUCCCUGACCCUCCUGUCGCUCUUCGUGUUCGUGCUCGUCAUCCGGCCCCUCUGGGACUCCCACAAGGCGCUCAGGACGCUGCACGAGCGCGAGGCUGCGGCCGCGAAGGGAGUUGCGCCGCCGGCGUCGGUGCAAGCCACUCUGAAGUACGAACGCAAAGCAGCGAGGAGUGCAACAGCGGCAGGGAAGGACACGCAGGGCACGAAGGUGGGCGACGGUGCGCGGGCGGCACGUGGUGCUCCAAAGAGCAAGAGAUCGGCGGCGUCGGGCCGCGAACAGUCGGACGCGGGCCCUCUACUGGUAGGGUACAAGAGCUCGCUUCCCCAUGCUGAGUCGGCUGGUAUAAGUAAUAGCGACAGCGACGGCCGCGGGGCCACGGAAGAACGCAAGGCGUCGAGGAGUUCAGGCACGGGCGACGCCAAGAUGGAGGAGGUGAAUGGGGCUGCUGAGUCAGGGGAGCCGGAGUCAGCAUGGCAUGCCCACGGAGUGCGUCGUGGAGCAUCGCUGGAAGUCGGUCAGGGCCGGGAGAACAGCGGCGCGUCCGUCGCUGACCACAAGACCGCAGGACCGACGAUGCGAUCAUCAGCACCCAUGGAGGGCGACGAGGCGGGUCGGACGGUUGCGGAGGUGGCGUUGGAGCUCAUCUCCGAUGACGCGGGCGUCUCCGACGCGCAAGUCAAAGUCGCGGGCGACCGGAGCAUCCUAGCGCGGUCAAGCGUCGAUCUCAAAGCCAGUCGGGGCGAAGCAGCGGCGCAGUCCGCGGCCGAACCAGGGACGCAAGCACUCAGCACCUCGGCUGCCCCGGCCGCCUCGCGGCCACAGCGCGCCAAGCCACGUACUUCAACGGUGUCGCUGCGGGCGCACACGAUAUCGCCGCCGGACAGCCAGCGCGGCAAGCCAGCGGCGAGCGUCGCUGCCGACGAGACGUCCCCGCGCUCCCCACCAGUGGUCCCGCACCUGCGAGGCACCCUUGGAUCGCUGCGACAGUCUGGAGGGCGAGCAUGGGCGAUCAACCGCAACCCAUCGGUCGCAAAGGAGGAGGCGGACGCGGCGGCGUCGGCACGGGCUGCUAAUCCAUCAGCGCCUGUCGCCGGAGGGGACGCGAAGAUGUCGGUUGGGACAUACCACCCGGACGGCAUGGUGACGCCGCGGAGGGAGGCUGCAGAGCGGCCUGCGGCAGCGGCAGGGGCGCCGGCGAACAAUCAGGCGAUGCCGACUCCACGCGUGCCUCUCGACACGCCGCGGGGGGACUUGGACAGGCUGGCGUCAGGUGUGGUGGGUGGUGAGGAUGUCCGGGUGUAUAACGCCACCCUCGCAGACAGUGACGGGAGCCGCGGGUCUCGCGAUGCGCUGGACGACACCCAAUCUACGCAGCUGAGGACAGCAACGUCGUUGGUCAGUCCAGAGUUGACAUCAGGGGCACCGCCAGGACUCUCCGCGUCCCCACCGCCUCCUGCAGGCCCGUCACCGGCUUUGCUUUACGGGGACGCAGCGAACGCGAGUCCGCUGUCGGCAGGCGGUGCGUCGGUGUCUGCAGGCCCUCGGCGGCAGGGCAGUUUCGUAGGGCCUGAGAGCUCGCUGCCCGCGCCGUCGAUGAUCGACUUGAUUCUUUCGAUGUCGCCGAGCAUGCAGCAGCCGCACGGGCCGCCACCGGUGCCGUCAUCGCUGCUGGAUACCGAUGAGGACAGACAGGAGCUGUAA